GAAUGCCAGACAAUCAACAAACCUGUAGACAUAGACCAGGCCGUCAUUGAUUAGAACGAGCGCAUUCUUCUGCCGUGCAAGCCAUCUUCUAAAGUUCGGGUCAGCGUGUAUGCCUCAUUUGAAUUAGGUCCCAUGCCCAGCCACGGUGAAUUCCUCCGCACAUUCAAGAUCUCCGUCAGAGAAUUACCGGAUCACAGUGAAAAGUCACAUCGUCAGUAUUCUGAGGAAAACGACGCUGCAGUCCUUUGCCCCCUUACUACUGCUACGUCCAGCGAUGUCGAUGUGUUAAUACUCAGGACGGACGCUGGAUACUGUCUUCUCGCACGAUACCGCAGGACACAGAAUGGUAGUGAUCUCGACCAAUCUAUAAUUCACUUUGAACGUGCCUCUGAUCUCUGCCCCAUGGAUCAUCCAUACCACCCUGCAGCACUGUUCAAUCAAGCUACUGCGAAGUUUGUUAGUUGCCAAGCCAAUGUAAUUUACCUCGUCCUCGACAUCCCUGUUGCUCUUUUUCAAGACGCCCUUGAUUUGCGUCCCACUGGUGAUCCGGACAGGCCCAUCACCCAGCUCUUGUCAUUGCUCUGUUGUCUCGCUUCGCGAAACGGGGAUUUCAAACGGAUGCUGAAGAGUCGAAGUGGCAGAACCUUGGUUGUAAACACACCUGAGUACUUGACCUUUCAGACUGACUCGCGCCCGCGGCUUCCUCGAUAGGUGAAAGGGGUCUCAGCCAAGUCCCGCAAAUCACUAGAGGGAGCAAAUUUCUAC